CCGGAAGGUCCUGAAAGGUUCUGGAAGGUCCCGGAAGGUUCUGGAAGGUUCCAGAAGGUCCCGGAAGGUUCCGGAAGGUCCCGGAAGGCGUCGGGAUGUGGCACGAGGCGCGGAAGCACGAGCGGAAGCUGCGGGGGAUGAUGGUGGACUACAAGAAACGCGCCGAGCGGCGCCGCGAGUACUACGAGAAAAUCAAAAAGGACCCGGCGCAGUUCCUGCAGGUGCACGGCCGCGCCUGCAAGGUGCACCUGGACUCCGCCGUGGCGCUGGCGGCCGAGAGCCCCGUCAACAUGAUGCCCUGGCAGGGGGACACCAACAACAUGAUCGACAGGUUCGACGUCCGCGCUCACCUGGAUUUCAUCCCCAUGUACACCCCGGCCCUGCUUAGCCCCACCUCACCAGAACAGGAGUCAGACGAGCGCAAAUGCAACUACGAGCGGUACCGGGGCUUGGUGCAGAACGACUUCGCUGGCAUCUCGGAGGAGCAGUGCCUGUACCAGAUCUACAUCGACGAGCUCUACGGGGGCCUCCAGAAACCCAACGAGGAUGAGAAGAAAAAGCUGGCGGAGAAGAAGGCGUCCAUCGGCUACACCUACGAGGACAGCACGGUGGAGGAGCUGGAGAACGCCCUGGAGAAGCGGCCGGGCGACGACGACGACUCCGAGGACGACUCCAACACGGACGAGGACGAAGUGAUCCCGGACAUCGACGUGGAGGUGGACGUGGAUGAGCUGAACCAGGAGCAAGUGGCCGACCUGAACAAGCAGGCUACCACCUACGGCAUGGCCGAGGGCGAUUUCGUCAGGAUGCUGAGGAAGGACAAGGAAGAGGCUGAAGCCAUCAAAAACGCCAAGGCCCUGGAGGAGGAGAAGGCCAUGUACUCGGGCCGCCGCUCCCGCCGGCAGCGCCGGGAAUUCCGGGAGAAGCGGCUGAAAGGCCGGAAAAUCAGCCCCCCCAGCUACGCCCGCCGGGACAGCCCCACCUACGACCCCUACAAACGGUCGCCGUCGGAGUCGAGCUCGGAGUCGCGGUCCCGCUCGUCGCGCACGCCGUCGCCGGGCCGUGAGGAGAAGAUCACCUUCAUCACCAGCUUCGGCGGCAGCGACGAGGAGCAGCGUCCCCCCGGGCCCCGCGAGCGCCCGCGCCCCACCGGUACCGGUACCGGCACCGGUACUGGUACCGGUACCGCUGCACCGGCACACCGCGACGGCUCACGGCGCCGCUCUUCCUCCUCCUCCUCCUCCUCGUCCUCCUCGCGCUCCUCCUCCUCCUCGUGGUGCAGCUCGGGCGGCUCCCGCAGCGGCUCCCGGGGCUCCCGCGCGCCGUUCCGCCGUUCCCGGGGCGCGUUCCGGGGCCGCCGCCGCUCCCGCAGCCGCUCCCGCAGCCGCAGCCGCUCCCGGAGCCGCUCCCGGAGCCGCUCCCGUUCCCGCCGCUACUCCCGGGGCGAGUCCCGGGACAGCCGCCGCCGCUCCCGCUCCGCCGAGCGCGGCCGCCGCCGCCGCCACCGCCGCUCCAGGAGCCGGUCGCGGCGCUCGGCGCGCUCGUGGCGCCGCUGGAGCAGUCAGAGCCGCAGCAGCCGCAGCGACUCCCGGAGCCCCUCCCGGUCCCGCUCCCGCUCCCGAUCCCGAUCCCGGUCCCGGUCCCGGUCCCGGUCCCGCUCCCCCAGCCCCGCCGCGCCCCGGGACAAGGCCCCGCCGCGCCCCCCGGCCUCGCCCGCCCUCGGAGAGAAGCUGAAAAAGGCGGACGCUGCGGCGGGUAAAGAUUCCGGAGCUGCCAAACCCAAGCUGACCCCGCAGGAGAAGCUCCGGCUCAGGAUGCAGAAGGCGCUCAACAGGCAGUUCAAGGCCGACAAGAAGGCGGCGCAGGAGAAGAUGCUGCAGCAGGAGCAUGAGAGACAGGAGCGCGAGGACGAGCUGCGCGCCAUGGCCCGCAAGAUCCGCAUGAAGGAGCGGGAGCGUCGGGAGAAGGAGCGGGAGGAGUGGGAGCGGCAGUACAGCCGCCAGAGCCGCAGCCCCUCCCCGCGCCACGGUCGGGAGUACAGCUCCUCACGGAGGCACUCCCGGUCCCACUCGCGGAGCCCCCACUACCGGCACUGACGGCCGAGCCCCCAAUAAAUCCAUGGAAAAAUC